UGACUGUUUUCUUCUCUUUACAAUAUUCCCCAUUUAAUUUUCCUCUUUUCUGUUGUUCAUUUACUUAACCCCUCUUCAUUUGUCCUUCUCUAGUUUUCCAAUUGAGAGGCUCUAUAGCCUCUGCUUCCUGUUUCAUUUUCUCUUCCCAGUACUGGCACCUGCCUCGGACUUCUGGGCUUUCACAUUUCAGAUUAGCCUUGCUUCUCCAUCAUGGCAAGCCUAAACCGGGCCAACAAACUACUGGAGGAUGUGAUCUGCCCCAUCUGCAUGGAAAUUCUACAGAAUCCUGUCACCAUUGACUGUGGGCACAACUUCUGCCUGCAGUGCAUCCAUCUGGUUGGGAAAACUACAGAAAACCUCCAAUGUCCGCUCUGCAAACUCCCUGUGAAUAAGAAUAUGUUGAGGCCCAAUAAGCUGUUGGCUAGUCUUGCAGAGAAAAUCCAGGCUAUGGAUCCUGCUGAGUUCCAACCAGAAGAAGAGCCAAGAUGUAGGAAGCACAAGGAAAAGAUACAUUACUUCUGUGAGAAGGAUAAAAAGUUCCUCUGCUUGGUGUGUCGUGACUCCAGGGACCACAAAACCCAUGAAGUUACCUUGGUAGAUGAGGCUGCCCAGAACUACAAGGUGCAGAUUGAGACAGAGGUCCAGUAUUUGGGACAAAAGGACAAGGAAAUAAUUAAAGAGAAGAAGAAAGGUGAAGGAGAAAUCCAGGUGUUCAGGGCCCAGGUACAUCUAGAGAAACUAAAGGUCCUUGAGGUAUUUAAGAAUGUGCGCCAGAGACUGGAAGAGGAAGAGAGAUUCCUCCUGUCCAGGCUGAGCUGGCUGGAGCAGGAGGGAGUCAAGCAGAUAGAAGAGUAUGUCACUGACACAGAGGGACAGCUGACCACCCUCAGAAGGCUUACAAGGUCCCUGAAAAAUAGGCUACAAGCGCCAUCCAUGGAGCUACUGGAGGGCCUCAAUGACGUCUUGAGCAGGACUAGAGAAUUUGAGUUUCACAACCCAACCGCAGUUCCCAUAAACCUGGAGAAAAAAAUCAAUGAAGCAAAAGCAAGACACGACUCCAUCAUAGAAACCCUGAAGCAAUUUACAGACAACCUGACCACUGAAGGGAAGGAAGAUAAAAGUGCAUUCCUGAACAGCCUGGAUAAAAAGGACAUGAAGAACUGGCACCUGUUACAUAAGAAUAACUCAAAGUUGCCCACCUCAGUACUUAUAACCCUGGACUCGACCUCAUCUGACCCAAACCUCACCUUUUCUCAGGAUCUAAAGAAAGCAAGCUUGUAUGUCGUCGACAGCACAUUGAAUACACAGGCAAAACCUCGACAACUCUAUCCUUUCCAUUGUGUGAGGGGAUCCCCAGGCCUCUCCUCAGGCCGUGGGUUGUGGGAGGUGGAAAUCCAGGGACCCCCAAGUAGGGUUGGCAUAGUGGGCGUGGUUGUCGAGUUGCCUCAGGGGUCCCAGAUUCAGAACUCUGAGCCAGGCUGUUUGUGGGCACUGCGUAUUUCGUCCUCUGGAUGUCAGCCAAUCACCAACUGCAGUAUCCAGGAGAAUCUCCCAAUCUGUCUUAGGAAAGUGGGUGUCUACGUGGAUUAUGACCGUGGAGAUGUCGUCUUCUAUGAUGCCAUCACUAACAAACACAUCUACACCUUCCAAACUUCCUUUAACAAACAGGUCUUCCCCCUUUUUGGGCUCCUAGCUGCCCGCAGCUCUAUCACCCUGAGCCUCUAGGGCUGCACCCAUGUGGGUCCCUCAGCCUUUUCCCCACUCAUCCUUCAUGAUUGAAUGCAAGUGGCAGGAAUGAAGCUUGGCCCUAAUCAGGCACACUACACACAUCCUACACAUCCUACAUACCCUAUACACACUACAUACCCUACAUACACUACAAACACUACACACCCAACACACACUACACACCUCACACUC